CACACACAUACACAUCAGUCAGUCUGUAACGUUAUCCAUAGAUCAAGGGUGGAUUAUUUUGGGGUGUUUGUUUGUGUUUCAGCUCCGCCUCAACACACGGAGCAGCAGUCGGUUCAACUGGAGCAAAACAACCGUCCUAGACUUGAACGUGUUUAUUUCCGUAUUCUGGUGACUUUUAUUUUUAACGUUUAUCGUUAAUUUACCGGUAAACUAGCUUUAAAGUUAACGGUUUUGCGUGUUAGCUUCAGGUUAGCUUGUGUGUGUGUGUGUGUGCGCGGAGUCACCAUGGUGACGCUCCGUGCUCGAGGCACAGGGGACGCGGAUCAGAGCGGCCGGCGGCGGCGGCAGCAGCAGCAGCAGAGCCCGGUCAGGACCACCGGGUCCCCGCUGCGGGCUUCACCGGAGACCCGGACCCGGAGCACGGACCUCCGGCCGGAGGAACCAGAACUGUCCGAUGGUUUUAACGGCGAAGACGAGGACCAGAAUCAGGCUGACUCGGAGACGCCCGAAGACGAAGAGGACACACCAGCGAGAGCCGUCAUCAGGAAGUCCAAACGGCUGCAGACCGCUGCAGGCGGCGCUGGGCCGAGGAGAAGCACCAGGCCGACCAAACGAACCAGCAGGUAUCAGGCCUCCAACAUCUUCGACGGCAUCAGCACCAGCACGUCCACGGGAUGGAUCCUGAAGACGAUGGACGACCUGAAGAAGAAGAGGCUGCUGAGCAACAACGAAGAAGGAGCGAGUAACGAGAAGAUCUACUCUCCAGCCCAGAGGAGCAGGACUCCGGUGGCUCCGCAGAAAGAGCCCAGUGACAGCCAGGAUCAACACGGCGGAGUCGCCGGCGAGGAGGACAGCGGGCAGGAAGUGGCGCCAGACGACGACAGCAGCUGCAGCGCCGCCAACCACAACUUUGACGCCAAACUGAGCCGAGCCUCGGCGCUGUACCGGGGACCCGGCAACGGGUUCCCGAGAGGAGCGUUCAGGAUCAGCGCCUCCGGUCUGAACACCACCCCCAGAGCAGCCUUCAGACCCACUAAGAGCACGUUGUCGGUUCACUCCGAAGAGGACAACGACUCGGACGAGGACGUGCCGAACGUCGAAAAAGUCUCCGGAAGCUGUCGGCCGCUCGGCCUGCGUCCGGACAAUCCUCUGGGGACUCGCAGAGACAAGAUGAACGCCGGAGCAGGUCUGGCAGACAUCGAUCCCAUGGCCAUCGACCAAUCGGUGGGGUUCGACAGCAUCGGAGGUUUGUCGGGUCACAUCUCAGCCCUGAAGGAGAUGGUCGUCUUCCCGCUUCUCUACCCAGAAGUCUUUGACAACUUCCACAUCCAGCCUCCCAGGUGA